GGUUAAUCGAGACAGUUUGCUAUGAAUAAUUAACAGCGUCAUAUAUAACCAAGAUGACAUUAAAAUGGUUGAGUCGAUGCAUACUACUGAUAUUUCUUCUGAAAACUAUUAGAUGUGCUACGGAAGAUUUACUCGAUCAGUAUGUUAAGCAUGUCGAAAAUGUAAAUAAUGUAAACGAAAAUAUAUAUCGUCGUAAUCGUAGAGAUACAUCUACCGAUAUAGUUUGGACACACUCAGAAGUUUUGGAUAAAGAAGGAAAGGUAAUACUGAGAUGGCAACCUAGACAUCAAGAAAUAUUAUUCAGAGUAGAAGCCAAAACUCGUGGAUACGUUGGACUGGGAUUUAGUCCAGACGGGAAAAUGGAGAAAGCUGAUAUUAUACUCGGUUGGGUGGAUGAUAAUUCUGGUGUUGCAGUUUUAAUGGAUUGCCACGGAGUACCCGCUAGCCAAGGCAGUGCACCUGUCAGAGAUGAAAUCGACAAUUAUACGUUAAUGAGGGGCCUGCAGAACUAUACGCAUACGGUCAUCGAGUUUCGAAGAGCUUUCGACACCUGCGAUCCCGACGAUUACGUUUUAUCGAGUGAUACUGUACGGGUGAUUUGGGCGCUUCACGAAUAUGAUCCGCAACGAGGCGCGGAAAUGGUUUAUCACGGUGAAAAUCGAGGAUACCAAAGUAUUCACUUAUUAGGACCGCCGCCUGUAGCUAAAAUGAGUGCUGGACACUCCACUUCAUGGGACGUUGUUUUAGAGAAUUUCAAUAUUCCACAAUACGCGGAGACGUUGUACUGGUGUAAAAUAUUCAAAGCGCCCGCUCUAAAUUCAAAGCAUCAUAUAGUUGGAUUCGAACCGAAUAUCGGUAAAAAUCAUUCUAAAAUGAUACAUCACAUGGUAAUGCACGAAUGCGAAUUGGACGAAGAAGAAGAUAUCGAAUUAUGGGAAACGUUCUCUAGAGAUAAAGGCAAAUCUUGUUAUUCUAAUAUACCGUCUUUGUGGGAUAAGUGUUUGACACCAUUAGUAGCUUGGGCAGUUGGUUCGAAAGGUGAAAAUUUUCCCAACCACGUAGGGCUACCGCUGGCGGAGAAAAAACAUUCUUUCUAUAUGUUGGAAGUUCACUUUGACAAUCCGUACGUAAAAAACGCUGUAGAUACGUCCGGUUUAAAGGUGCAUUAUACAAGCGAAUUGAGAGAAAAUGAGGCCGGUGUUUUGGUAACGGGCGUAGCGCCAUCUACACUGCAUUUUAUUCCUCCAUAUCAAACGGAAUACAAAACCGCCGGGUAUUGCAGUGUCGAUUGCACAAAAGAACUUAUCCCUAAGGAAGGUAUUAACGUCGUCUCCGUUAUGUUACAUUCGCAUUUGGCGGCGAGGAAAUUGAAAUUGAGGCAUUUUAGAGCUAUGAAAGAAUUGACGCCAUUAGCUGAAGACAAUAAAUAUGAUUUUAAUUAUCAACAAUCGAGGUCUUUACCGCAGGAUAUUCCUAUAUUACCAGGAGACGGCCUCAUAACCGAAUGUACUUAUUCGACGUUGAAUAGAAGUAAACCGACUUUGGGAGGUUAUACCACAUCAAAUGAAAUGUGUUUGGCUUUUGUAUUGCAUUAUCCAAGAACUCGACUCGCGGGAUGUUACUCCAUACCGCCGGUAAAGUAUUUCUUCGAAAAUCUUGGAAUCAAAGAAUUUUAUGGGAAGGAUAUGGGGGAAAUCGAAAAAGCGCUUCUGGAAGGAAGUAUCGAAAACGAUUCCACUACAACUUCACCCAAUAAUCAAGAAAGUAAAAUAUCUCCGGAAGUCGAUAAAAAAGUCAAAAAACACUUGAUCGAUGAUCAACAAAGUGAAUGGAAUAUCGUAUUUGAUAAAUUGGUCAUAAAAGAACCUCAAGAAUUUCGAAAUUUAACUUUUACCGAACAUUUACGUAAUAUGCCGUAUAAUGAGACCGUAUUUACAAAAACUAUGGAAAAAUAUUUCUAUGAGGGAUUGCAUUUAACGUUUUGUCGGAAAAAACACGAUAGUGUCGAUAUGAAUAAACAAAUCGUGAAACUUCCCGAAUUUCAACAGUACGAAAAAAAAGAAAACGUCCAAUGUAGUUAUCGCUCAAAAACAAUUUACACUACACACACGGUUGGGGCACAGUCUAGGAAUUCAUCCCCCGAUUUAAUUUUAUCAUUAAGUUAUUAUCUUUUGAUCAAGGUACUAACGAGUAUUAUUUAGAACCUUUGAAUUUAGAAUCGAAAAACUGAAAAAUCACAAAAGAAAUAUUUCUGCAUUUAUCGUAGAUAAUGAUCAAUUUAGUCAUGUAUAUAAAUAAGGGAUUUUGUUGAAAGUUGAAAAUAAAAACGCUUGUUUUACCAUCUUUUAAUAAUAAUUAAGGAUAUUUAUAAUUUAUGUCUCAUGUAUAUAGCAUUUUUGUUAUUAUUUUUUAUGUUAUUAAAACAUUAGAAAGUAAAAUACAGAUAACAUCCAGAAAUAUUUAUGAUUUGGUCGAUAAUCAUUUUUCUUUUACAAAUUUAAAUCCGAUUUGUUCGAAUUUUUUAUUUAUUAUUUAUUCAUAAGAAAAUUGUAUAUUUUUGCAAGUCGGAAAAAUAAUUCAUUUUGUACAUUUUGAUGUAUAUAAGGAUUCGUACCAAAAAAUUAGAUUGUAAUAUUACAUUAUUAAGUAAACUGUGCUGUGAAUUAAUUCGACAUACACAACGAUCAAUUUCAAUUGAUUCGUAUGUAUUUAUUUAUGAUAUAAUUAGAUUUCACUAGAUAUAUUCCGUACCACUACAUUAUUUUAAUACAAUUAUAUCUUUUUGCAGAAA